GUGAAACAUUCGCUAUGGCUGGUCUUGGCGAAUUAUUUCCAUAACCAGCAAUUAUAAGAGGAUGCGUCAUCGGAGAGAAGGGCGGGUAUAAAAUAGAACGAUAAAAAUCUACUUGCACCGUACCGAUCUCCUUCUUCUUUACUUAAACAUGAACGCUCAACAACAACCCGUUGCUCAACCCGAAGCCUACACUGCUCAAUCUAUGCAGACUGAAGCCGUCCAGACUGUUCAAGAACCCCAACAAGACAACUCUUGGUCCUCUUUGCUUCGUCUCCGUGGUGGUGGCUGUGUCAAGGGCUGCUUGGAAACCAUCUGCUGCUGCUGUGCUCUUGAUGCCAUCUGGUAAGUGAAUGGAAAUGAUACACACACUGUAUGAGAUAGAACCAUGGUGACUGAUCUGCUUGUGUUUUAAUCUAUUUCAGCUGCUGCGAACUCGAUGAGGUAGGCAUCCAUUCAUGACUGUCACUCUACCCGUUGCUUCUGUGGUAUUAACCUUUUUUCAUUUAAUUUCUAGAUCUGCUGCUAAAUCGCGAUAAUACUUCGUAUGGCACCCCACUCUCUAUCUCUCACUAUCAAACCCAUUAGG